AUGGGACCACCCGUGCUGACCUCGACGGCUGCCUCGGAAGAAGAGGGUGGCGGCCCCACAGCGCUCGUCCCUAGCAUGGAGGAGCGUUGGAGCACGUUUCAGCGACUUACACGGGCGAGCGAGGCGGCGUUCCGGGGAAUGAGCGAGGCCGCUGCUCGCCAGAAUGCCGACAUUGCAGCCCACCAGCAAGAAAUCGCCGCUUACCAGGAGAGUCAGCGCGCUCUUUUCACACAACAACAGCAGCGACUCGACGGUCUGACGCGUGAGUGUACGCAACUCCGGCAAAGCGAAGCCGGUAUGAAGGAAGUUGUCGCACAUCAAGUAGAACGCCUUGUUGUCUUGGAGAGUGAGCUUCAGGCUACGCGCGUGCAGCUUUCGGAAGCCCGGCUCCUCCACGCGCAGUGUGUCGAGGAACGCAACAGGCUUCAGCAGGCCUGCAAGAUGCACGAGGUCCACACUGGCGAAUUGCAGGCAGCGCUGCAGUUUGCCGAGGAGGUGGUGCGUUCAAUGCGGCAUACAGUGGGCGCGUGUGAGCAGGAAAAGAAUGAGGCCCUCAUGCAUCAAUACAGUCACUUUGAGUCCUACCGAAACGACCUCGUCGCCGCCUACGACCAGCGCGCCAUGGAGGCGCGCGAUGAGUUCACCAAGCGGGUGGAGUCCCUUCACGUUGGCAUGCUAGAGACCGUUGCGAAGCGUGAGGAGCAGCUCAAGGCAACCUGGGAAGAAGCAGCGGCGAGACUGCGCCACGAAUACGACGAGUUGGUCAGGCUGGGACAGCAACGGAGGGCGGCAAUGGACACGGAGCUACGAGAGCGGAAGGAACAGCUUGAGCGUGACAAGGAGCUCAUGCGAGCGCAGCAGCGCGAGGAGGCGGGAACGAUGGAGCAGCGCUUCCGUGCACGCGAGGAGACGCUGCUCGACGACAUUUCUCGCCGCGAGCGCGAACUGCGGGAACGGGAGGCGGCCCUGCGCGCAGCCCAGGUACAACAGGAGGCCGAUGUUCAGAGGCGGCUACAAUCAAGAGAGUCAGAACUGCGGGCGGCUCAUGACGCCGCUCUGAAGCGCAUGGCGGACCAGGCAGCUGCAGAGCGGGAGAAACUCUCCGAGAACUUCAUGGAGCGACUUCAACAGCUGUCAAACGCGCACAUGCAGCAGGAGCGGGAGCUGGAACGCAUGCACCGUGAGAAAGAGCGGGAGAUGGCACAGCGCUACCGUCUGAGUGCGCUCGACGGUGGUGAUCGUGGCGAGGUCCACGAUCGCCGAGCGACCGAGUACGGUGUGGUCGGCCCCAACAUGGCGAAAGAAGCACUCUUGAAGAAGUUUGAAUCAGUUGAGCAACGCCAGCGUGAACGCUCUGACAAACUGCGCUCUGCAUUUUCCGUUCAGGAGAGCGAGCCACGACCCCCGCUAUGA